CGAGGACACCCCGCCCCACUCUGUGCCGCUGCCCACAACCUCCCCCCAGCAGCACCGCCACCGGCCCAAACCUCACACUGAACGCUGACUGCGAUAUCUGUGGAACCUACGUUGGCGGCCUCCGUAUGUUGCUUGGCAACUACAGGAAGUAUAGGCCCUGAUUAGAAUGUCGUGGUAGAAUGGAGAACGGAGCGCAGGUUGGAGUGUUGUUGGUAGCGCCUGAGACUUUGCACGAAGCAAACGAGGAAAGGCCUAACAACGGUGGGAUAGAAUUGGCAGCCGAGAGUGGUAUUAUAAUCCCUCAGGGCAGCACUUGGGCGGAAGGAGCACGCAUGGCAGAGGUUGCCCAGAUGCUGCGGGAACUAGGGUACAAAGGUCCACUAUGUUGUGAAAAAGAACUGGAACGUUCAGCAAAACUGGGUGCUGCCAGCCAACAUUUCACGGCUCUCUGUGCCUGGCUAGUUUCCGAACUCAAGGUUGUGUCCUCGAUGGUGGAGAACAUCAGCCCUACAGAGGGGCCUGAGGAUGCAGAGACCUUCCAGCUAGAGAUGAGUGGUGUGGUAAAUGAACUUCACUGUCCUUACACUGCAUUGACUACAGGGGAUGUGACCUGCAGACUGACCAACCUCGAUAACUGCCUGCAGCUCCUUGUGUUUCUCAGUACAGAGCUUCAGGCUGCAAGGAUAAUAUCUAACAGGAAGGUCCCAGUUAUAGGCUCAGAAAAAGGCAACACAGAAGCCAUACAGGAACUGAAGUGGGUCGGGGCAACUCUAGGUAUUCAAGAAUACUUACUUGGUGUCCCAGUAGCUGAGUACAUGCGGAUACUGCAGAACAAGAUUGCCGAGAUUACAGCUGCCCUUCCAGAUUCUUCAUGGUCUUCCCCUCUUUUGAAAACAGAACUGCAACCUUCACAAUGGGAGAAGCUAGCAGAUCUACACUGUCAGCUGCUUGGAGAGUAUGAAUGCAGAAUGAGGAUGCUGGUCACUCGAUUUGAUGUCACAGUGCAAUCGUUCUACUGGUCUGAGAGAGCAAAGGAACUUGGAGCUGCUAUGAAGGAGGUUUUUUGGCCUCUGCGCCAGUCUCUGAAGACGGAGUCCGAUAUAAACAUGGCCCAUCUCCUGGCUGCACGAGAAGAAGAUUCUCGAAUCCUUCACACAUGCAGUGCUGUCUUUCGCCAAAAUACUCAAAGCUCCAUCAACAAGGUUCUCAUGACAGGGAAUGUGCCAGAUCGAGGAGGCCGCCCCAAUGAAAUAGAGCCUCCAAUGCCCACGUGGACAAAGCGCAAAGAAGGGGGAGGAGGGCAGCAGUGGUGGGGAAAACGCAAUAAAAGGAGGAAAAAGUAAUGGUGAUUGGUUAGACCUGGUGUAAAAUAAAAAGAUGAAAUUAAAAAAACAGAGCAAUACUUGCUCAGAAACACAGUGUUAAUAGUAAGGCCCUAGCUUCCUUUGUCAUCCUUCUUGUACCAUAACUUAAGCAAACAUAUUCUGUAAGUGUGCAUGACUUCUGGUCAAAGUGUAUGGAUAUUUUUGGAUAAGGAUGGAUAAGAAGCUUUAAUUUUGCAAAUAUAGGAUAUAUUUUUCCAGAAAACAAGUUUAAUGCAUUUAAAAUGGGUGGAGUGCAAUUACUGAGUAUGUAUGCAAUUUUGUUUAAUUAUUUUUGGACAUAAGUUCCCUUUUGCCCAGCAGAGGGCACCAAAUGAAUUCUUAUAUUAGUUUAUAGAACUAAAGUUGUGGAAUGUCUCAUUUUUGGUUUAAUGUUCCUGAGCAUAAUAAUUCUCAUGUAUUUUUUUUUUUUGCCACCAUAAAUAUGUGCAUAUGAAAGUGAUUAAACUGAUUAAAGUGGAUUCUCCCAUU